CUCUGAACACUAACCGACGGGAAAAAUGGCGUCGAAGAAAGUAGGGUCUGCCGUCAGUGCUCAUGUCUUCCAAAGCGGGAUUAAGAUAGCAAAACCAGUGGUCUCUCGUGAUAACUUAGAAGUCAAACAACGAGUGCUUCAAACUUUCACUGCCUGGUAUAUUGCAAUACCACGAUUUUUGACUACCGCCAACUUUGAUGCAACAGUCCCACAGGCCAGGCAAAUUCUCAAAGAGGAAUUUCGCAAAAAUAAGGAUGUGACUGAUUUGCGAGUAAUUGACACACUGCUUAUCCAGGCCCAGCAACAGUUUGAUGAUCUCCAUAAUGUAUACAGCCAACAUUACCAUAUAAAACAGUACUUUCGUAAGCAGGACAAAAGAGACUUUUUACAAAAAUUCUAUGAUGGAGAUAACAAAUGACAUUUCACUUCAUUUACCAAUAGACUUGGUGUUUUUUCGUUCAAGACAAAGUCCGUAUAUUAUUUUUGGUUGCUUUCAGUUCCUUUGGAAUUAUCAUUUGGACAGAGUUCUACAAUACCAAGUUCAGGAAUUUACAGAUCAACAGACAUUCAGACAUUCAAGAAAUGUUUGCCUGCAAAUAUCUUUUAGAACAUUAUGAUGGCAUACUGAAUGGUGUGUUGUUAACAAAUGUCACAUUAAGUUUGAAUGAGGAAAAAAAAAACAAAAACAGUUUUAGUGUUACUUGGAUUACUCACUUUUAUCAUUUAUUAGCUUUUGUUCAAUGACACAGAGCUUCGCUCAAAUAAAUGCUAACACUGUUAUGAGU